ACCGCCGCCGCCGAAAACAGCCUCUGUCUCUCUCCUUCCUUCAUUAUGGCGACAGGGCGUUAAAGGGAGAGGACGUUGCUGCCCCCGUCGCCUCACACUCGAGUGAGCGCGGGGGAAAAGCGGCGUUCCUUUCUCCUUAAACCGGGGCGGAGGGCAGGAUGGCGGCGAAGGAGGUUGAGGCAACGGCUGCCUCCUCCACAACAACAACAUUAGCGACGUCUCCGCCCCGCUCCUCCUCCUCCUCCUUCCUCAGCGCCCAGGUCGCUCCGGGCUCCUUCCCUGCGGCUGCUUCCAGGCUCCCUCAGCGACGGAGGCGCCUCCUCAGCCACGCCGGGGCCGCCAGCUGAAGCGCCCCGCCAGGAGAGGGACUACACAAAGCGGAGGAGAGGAGAGGAGAGACGAUAGCAUCAAGGCGAUGGGGGCUAAACAGAGCGGCCCGGCCGCCGCCAACGGACGGACCAGGGCUUAUUCCGGCGGGGACUUGCCUUCUGGGAGCGGCGGCGGUGGCGGCGGGGCGCCAGGGAGGUAUACCCACUUAGCCCCGCAAGGAGGACACAAUUUGGGACAAGGUGGAGGAGCGGCGUCCUCGUCGUCGACGGGGGUCCCUCCUGUAGCGGCGCCACGGAGCCGGUCCCUCGGCGGCCCUGCCUCCUCUUCUCGAGCCGCCGCCCAUUCUGCCUUCAACAUCCCCAACAACAGCAGCGGCGGCGGCGGCGGCGGCGGACUGUACGGCUCCCAGGACUCGGUCAACAGCACCCCCGAGGAAGGGGGACGGGAGAGGGCCUUUGGAGGCGGAGGAGCCGGAGGAGGGGGCAGCGGGCCGCGGCUGGUCAUCGGCUCCCUUCCCGCCCACCUUUCGCCUCACCUGUUCGGAGGAUUCAAGUGCCCUGUUUGUUCCAAGUUUGUAUCUUCAGAUGAAAUGGACUUACAUCUUGUGAUGUGCUUGACAAAACCAAGGAUAACCUACAAUGAGGAUGUGCUGAGUAAAGAUGCUGGGGAGUGUGCAAUAUGCUUGGAAGAGUUGCAGCAAGGGGAUACAAUAGCACGAUUGCCUUGUCUAUGCAUAUAUCAUAAAGGAUGCAUAGAUGAAUGGUUUGAAGUAAACAGAUCUUGUCCUGAGCAUCCCUCAGAUUAAUGGCAAAGAUUCCUGUUUUCAAAGUCUCUUACACUGAUCAUCAAAUGUAAAGGAUUUGAAGUUCCAUCUUUAGAAGCUAAUAUGAGAGCAGACUUGUUUUCAUUUUGGACUGGAGAAGAUAAAAGAUGGAACAUGCCUGGGACAAAUGAUGCAAAAUUGGAAGUUCAGUGUACCAACACUCACCUAAAGGAGACACAGGGAUUCUGGAUAUGCUGCACAUCCUGGAAAAAUCCUCCUCCCACAGACUUUAUGGACAUUAUUUUGUAUCUUCAGGCCAAAGUUAAUAACUUUCAGUUCAAUUUUUAAAAAAACUGUCUACAGAAACAGGACUAUUCUCACAUCCUUUCUUUAAUGGAAACUGCGUGCUCUAGAUCUCUCUGGGACAUAAUACAUGGAAGAUGCCAUUCUUGGGUUGGAAUUCCCCACUCCUUUGCUCCCAUGGGCUGGUAGGAAGACAGAUGAUUAAGUGCAGUCAAACAUUGUGAACAUAUUCAUGAAAUUUCCCCACCCUGUAUGCUGUUCACAUUUUUUCUGUGAAAGAAUGCAACAUUCCUUGAUGUAGGAAAUUUUUGUUAAGUAAUGCUUUGUCAGAGUACAGCCCGAAGAGCAAAAUGUAAUCAAGGCUGAUUGUUAAUUGACAGUGUUGAUCAGGCUAUAGAGUUAUUGAAAUCCACAUACUGUGUUCAUUUUUGUCUAAGUAUACUAAAAUUCACUUUUACUGCUUGUGGGUAUAAGUGCAGCAACAGCAAAAUGAAAAAGCAUAAUUAGCAGCUAUGCAAUAUUUUUUUUAAAAAAUUAUAGGGAAACAAAAAUUGCCAUCUUUCAAAGUGCUGCCAAUUAAGGUAAUUUAACGGGUAUUUUUUUAAAUGUUUCAGGUAGUUAAUUUCUUGUACUAUUUCAAACUCCAGGCUGCCCCUCUUUUGCUGUAUAGACUCAAAAGCAGGUAAUAUGGGACAUUUUAUGAUGGGACCUGGAUUGAUCUUUUUUGUGUGUUUUUUACCAUUCCACUGAUACAUAAAUGGUCUUAAGGAUGUACAAUUGUGGGUACAGGAUUGAAGAAGCACCUAUAUUCUUGGAUCGUUAAUAAUUUACUGUACAACUCUGGCUUAACCUGAAUUGUAAAAUGAGGCUUCCAAGUACGAUAGAGAAAGUCACUCGUAAAAUGGUAAGUUGUUAAUAAUACAUUUGUUAACAAAACAAAAAAACCCAAAAAACCAAACCAUCUGGGGACCUGUUUUGGUAAGCAAUUGAAGAAUCAUAUGACUUUUGUAAACAGAUGGGAAAAUGUUGAAUAAAGGUGAUUGAAACUUUUAACAUGUUUAAAGAGCAAAAA